UCUCCACCGCUCACAUCUCCUUCAUCCCUCGGUCGUCGUGAAAUCUCGUGGCUCUCUUUGAACUGAAAUCUCCAACGUUAUUACUCUCUCCAAUAAAACAAAACGAAAGAGAGAGCGCUGAAUAGGGAAGUCUCGUUUCCUCUCCCGUCUUCCGUAUGUGCUUCCCACCCAAGAAAAUGAAGAGCAACGCCAACACCAAGCUCAUACUAAUUCACAAACAAAACGGCGCCGUCGCCUCCUCCUUCUCAAGCUCGCACCGCCUCUGGCUCCUCUUCGUCACCACGUUCUUCACCUUAGCCUUCACUCUCACCCUCAUCAACUCCACCGUCCAAUAUUCCUCCUCCAAACCCGCAAGCUUAACCUCCGCAUCAUUUACCUCUCCGCUUCCGCCCUCCAUCUCCGACGCCCUCCUCCACUACGUUGCCACCGCCUCCAACUCCUCCUCUCCCCACAUGUCCUCCGCCGAGCUCACCUCCAUAGCCACCGCUCUUAACCUCUGCUCUCCCCGCUGCAACUUUUUAGCCUUCGGUCUCACUCACGAAUCCCUCCUCUGGCACGCCCUCAACUUCCACGGCCAUACAGUCUACCUGGACGAGAAUGAGUUCUUGGUGUCCAGGUUCGAACAGUCCCACCCGGGAAUCGAAGCCUACGACGUGUCCUUCCCCACGAAGGUCUCCGAUAUGCCGGAGCUCAUUAAAGAAACCAAAUCCAAAGUCAGCGACGAGUGCAGACCCGUGCAGAACCUCUUGUUCUCGGAAUGCAAGCUCGGGAUCAACGACCUGCCCAAUCACAUUUACGACGUGCCUUGGGAUGUGAUUCUAGUCGACGGGCCACGUGGGUAUUUCCCCAAGGCCCCAGGGAGGAUGUCUGCGAUAUUCACGUCGAGCGUGCUGGCGAGGAGCAAGAGGGACGGUGGAUCUCCGACCCAUGUAUUCGUGCACGACUUUAACAGAGAGGUCGAGAGAAUUUGCAGCGAUGAAUUCUUGUGCGAAGAGAAUUUGGUUGAGACCGUGGAUUUGUUGGGUCAUUUUGUGUUAAAGAGAAUGGAGGUUAGCAGCUUUGAGUUCUGUAAAAAUUCGACCUUUUCUUCAUCAUCAUUGCCGUCAUCGGGUUUAGCUUCUUUAUCAUCAGGGGAUGAUGAAGAUGAUCAUUGAGAUGGGGUUUAUGCUUAAGGUGUACUACUAUUACCCGUUUCGUUUUUCAUU